AUGACCUUUUUAUUUCGAUUGAGAAUCCUAAAUUUAUAGCUAAAAUGUUAGCUUAGUAUAGGAUCAUUCAAUUUCUUGGUCAAGGUGCGUUCAGUAGCGUAUUUAAAGCAUUUUAUGAUGGUGAAUUUUAUGCUAUUAAGGUGAUUUAUUUUAACAUGAUAUUAGACAGAUAGUUGAUAAGAUGAAAGGAAACACAGAGAAGUUAUAAUAAGAAGCCUUAAUUUUAAGUUAAUUGAAACAUCCUAAUAUAGUAAGAUAUCAUAGAACAUUUGAAUCAAAAAGAAGACUCUAUUUUAUAUUAUCAUACAUAGAAGGGAAAACCCUUUAAUAAUACAUAGAUGAUGACAGUAUCAAAUUUACAGAGAAAGAAUGUAUAGCAAUAAUUCGCUAAUUGGUUGAUGUUCUAAGUUAUCUGCAUUCCAAUCGAAUUAUUCAUAGAGAUAUUAAACCAGGUAAGAUCGCUUUUUGAAAGUAGAUAAUAUGAUUCUUGAUAAGAACUUGAACCUCACAUUGAUAGACUUUGGACUAAGUUAUAUAACUACUUAAUAAAUAACUACUCAUUAAAAUUGUGGAACUCUAUUAUAUAUGGCCCCAGAAAUCCUUAUGAAAAAAGAAUACUUUAAAUCUGUUGAUAUUUGGAGUUGUGGCAUCAUUUAGUAUUAAUUACUUAAAAAUUGUCAUCCAUUUUGGACAAAUUAAAAAAAAGAAAAUUAUAUUAAAUUGAUGUCUAAACCAUAGAAAGUAGAUUUCAAUGGUAUGUCCAAGUAUAAUUUUAAAUUUGAAAGAGCUGCUAUUUCUUUUUUUGAAAAAACUGUUGCUUUUGAACCUGAAGCUAGAAUAACUGCUGAAUAAGCAUUAUUACAUCCAUGGAUAACUUCUUAGUCAUCAGAGACAUAUAUUAUGACAAGCAAAGAAAUAUUUUAAGCAUAUAGAGGAAUAUUUAUAUUCACAAAGGUAUAAAAAUUUUAAUAUUCUAGUUUUAAAAAUUAAUUGUUUUUCUACAAUUUAUUAAAUAAAAUAGUGAAAAAGCUAUAAGAGCAAUAGUUUUACCUUAAAAUUAACGUUUUUUUUCGAAAUAAAAGAGUCCAAAAAAACCAAAUCUCAUAAAAAUACCUACAAGAUCUUGUUUAAAUUCGAGCAAUAGUAGUAGAGAUGUGAAUAUAUAUAUUUAUUUUAGAGCUCUGAAAAACAUAAAAUAAAGUUACCACCUAUUAUUAAUUCAAAGAAAAGUCCAAGGGGUGAAGGAAGCCCAAGUUGUUUUCCUUCAAAUUAUAAAAUUGCUAAUCCAACUUAAACAACAAUAGAAUUUAAAAAAUCUAAUUUUAGAUUGAAAUGA